CUAAUUGCUCUCAAGUGAGGUCAGCAGGAGGCAUUUAUCUAAGCAGAGUGCACGGCGACAGCGGAAGAUGCACAGAGUCGGCCUGCCAGAAUCAGGGAGAGAUCCAUGGGAACUGACAGAAGCUCCCAGCUCUUGUUUAGUUUUACUGCAUUACUGGACUUGGUUUACCACUGAGGCUUCAGCUGUAGAACUACAGAUUCUUCAAAUUAAAAGGGAACACACCUCUGACAACUCCUGUCAUCCAGCGGAGCUCAUUGAUAUUGUGUGUAACUUUUCCUGAACGGGAUUAUGAAGUCCCUUGUCGGACUGUGGUCUCAAGAAGAUGGAGCAGUCAACGUGCACUGAAGACUAAACACCGUCUCACAGUUACCCAUCGUCUUACUCUUCAGACCGCUCUCCAGCUUCGACCCCGACCACCUUCACAAAGUCCCCCCCCACCACCACCCAGUCUCACGGCCCCAGCAGAAGCAGGGGCGCUGCGGAAACAGUGACCCGGAGGUCACAACACAGGGGUCACAAACCUGGGGUUGCUGGGCUGAGGGAUAGUGCACAGAUCUCUAGCACGCAUUUCAGUAUGUUGUUCAUUGAUCCCCACUGCAUUGUAUUAUAAUGCACAAAUGGAUGCUGACAUGGAACCUUCAAAAUCCGUUCUCGGGACUGUACUUGCAUGCAAUCUUCCUGUUGGGCAGCGUGCGUGUGGUCUACAGUGACUGCACUCCAGAGCAACUUGCUGCCAUCAUGAACUGCUCCAAACAGGAGCGCCACAUCAGGAACUACGACUACAUGGAGGGAGGAGAUGUGCGGAUCCGUCAGCUGUUCAGCCGCACACAGUGGUUCCUGACAAUCGACGACAGAGGCAACAUCAAUGGGACUCAAGAUCCCACCGACUGCUACAGUAUCCUGGAGAUCAGGACCGUGUCCGAGGGGGGUGUACUGGCCAUCAAAGGUGUGAAGAGUCAGCUCUUUAUUUCCAUGAACAAGGCUGGAGUGCUGCAAGGCAAGGAUACGUACAAUGAAAACUGCAACUUCAAAGAGGUCUUCCUAGAAAACUACUUCAACGCUUACUCCUCUGUAAAGUGGACUAAAAACGGCAAAGAAAUGUUCAUAGCGCUGUCUCAGAAGGGAAGGCCGAUGCGAGGGAAGAAGACGAGGAGGGAGCACAUAGCAUCUCACUUCAUCCCGAUGAAAUGCAGGGAGGAGGAGAGGAGGGUGGACUGACAGCAGGACUCAAAUAGCUUAUGAUUUCAGCCACAUAUUAUAUUUGUUAAUAGACACAUGUAAACUCAGUACCAAACACCACACUCCACUCUCGUCAAGUUGUAUACAAGGUGUGUAGUAUUCCAUGAUGUGUCGUCGUUUUUAUAUGAGGAAACGACAGAUGGGUUCAGUGAAGAAUGAGAAAAUACUGAAAUAUUUGUGCAUAAACCACUACACGAACUGUAAAAACACUAAAGUCUACUCAAUGUUAUUGUUAUUUUGAGUUAAAUAUUAUGUUUCCUUAAAAAAAGCAGUAAAGUGUUUUCUUAUAAAACCGUAAAAUAUAUGAGUGUAUAUAUAAACGCACAGUCAGGACUGUAUUCUUUUCUAAGGAUGAUCAGCACCCAGCCAGAUGAGGAGACCUGAACCAUCAACACUCAGGUCCAGAGCGGAGGUUUGGCUCGACGUACUGUUGAUGUGCUGAAGCAAGCUGGACUUGUCUUUUUUAAUAGUACUGGUGCUCAGAGCGCACGAAACACAGGCACAAUAAAUACCAUUACAACAGCGUGUUGGGUGAAAUUAGAGUUUGUAGGACCAUCUGUUUGUGGAUGACUUGCUUUCAUCCGUCUGUUCUUCUUUUGUUAAAAACCAGACUCGUGUCCAAAUGCAUUGUAGCUGCUCACUGACGCCCUCCUUCAUUAUCAAGGUGUGAUUUUGAAAUACUAAAAUAUUCUACUGCUGCUGAUGAAAAGAUACCAUGAUUAAAAUGUUA